AUGGCAGAUUGGAAGGGCAUCGUAAAGGGAGGUUGGCAUCCAGGAAAGGAAGGGCAUGGGCCUUCAGUGACGGGUAAAGUGAAAGGAUUAGGAAAGGGACUCCUCGGUCGAGGUGACAACUCCUCGCCGGAAAGCCAGGAGCAUGUAGCCGCGCCAAUAUCCUCGCUGCGCGACCCAUCUUCGUUCGGACCUCCUCCGAAGCGUACCGGGUAUGGCGGGAACGUGGCAGCGGCAGCGGCAGGGAGCCCUUCGCCGGCCGGCUCAUAUACACCCGCAUCGCAGUAUCAGACACAGUCGUAUAGUACUGCAGCGCCAGCAACGUCACCAGUCGGGCAGGCCUACAACCCACAGCCUUCCCACGGAGCGCACGAGACAGAAGAGCCCGUAGCCGAGCCGAAACCAUACCGCGUCGACACCACCGGCCUAUCAAUCUCGCACCUCCCACCACCGCCCGUCCGUCGCGACGGCGCAGACGGACGCAGUCCACCCCCACCAGCAGCACCACCAUCACACUCAGCAGCCAAGACAAAGCCGCCGCCCUCGCUACCGCCUCGACUCCCUCCCCGCAGCGGUAACAGCUCUCCAGUCCACGCGCCGAGCCCGACUUCCACUGGUGGAAGUAGUCAGCCCGGUUACCUGAAUCAAGGGGCCGUGAGUCGGCUGGGCGCAGCUGGGAUAUCCGUCCCCGGCCUGGGGAUAGGCGGCGGCGGCGCAGCACCUCCUCUUCCACUGCCACCACCGGCGCGGAACUCUCCGACGUCGACCGGGUCGCCGAGCACGACAUCGAGCAGCGGGCAGAUCAACGAACUACAAUCCCGGUUUUCUAGGCUGGGCAACUCUUACUCGUCGCACCCAGAGAGUACGUCGCCCGCAAACACAACCACGCAAGCAGCACAAGGCGCGACAUGGGCGCAGAAGCAAGCCGCGCUGAGAACGGCGUCGAGUUUCCAGAAGGACCCGUCGUCCGUCUCGUUCGCCGACGCCAAGACGGCAGCCGGGACGGCGAAUAAGUUCCGCCAGAGGCAUGGGGACCAGGUCGCGUCUGGGAUGCAGACGGCAAACAGACUGGGGCAGCGGUUUGGCACUGUUGCAGGUGCUGCAAGGCCUCCUCCACCAGGUAGUGACCGCGAGCAGAGUCCGCAGGCCCAGGUUUCGGGCUUGCUGGGGAAGAAGAAACCUGUCCCUCCGCCACCACCAAAGAAGAAGCCUGAGUUGUCGGUAGGCGGUGGUCCGGAGCCAGACCCUCCGCCUGUCCCGUUAGCUUCGAGACCGAGGUUUGACUGA